AUGAUUGCCAGAACUGCCAGACCCGCCGAGGUCACAGCGCAUAAAGCAACAUCAACCCAGUUGCUGCCUGAUGGAGUUUCGCAGGAAUGGCGGGUGCUCCGGUUUAUCCCUGAGAAGUCCAGCUCAAAUCUGAUUCAGGCCAUCAACAAAGUCUCGAUCGACGCUGAUGGAAAGCUGAUAGAGCAGUGCAGGAACUGUUUGUUGAUGCCCUACACCAAAUCGAUUGUAAGUGCCGUCCUCACUGGGCUGGUUAUGGUUCAUGCACCUGUAUUUGAGGAGUUACAGGAAGACAAAGUGGGAGAGAAUGACAUAUCUAACGGAUCUAAUGCCGGGCAACGUGAGCCACGAAUUCUUUGCGUCGGAUUUGGCGGUGGCAGCAUUCCAUCAUUUUUGGCAGAGAUGCUGCCACAAUGCCACGUGGAUGUUGUGGAGUUGGAGCCUGCAGUUAUCCAGGCCUCAUCAGACUUGGGCUUUCAGCAGGACAAGCGCAUCCACGUGACUGUGCAAGAUGGUGCUGUUUUUGCUCAUUGUGCAGUCGAAAGUGGCACUGGCUAUGACGCUGUUAUUGUCGAUGCUUACGAUGCUGAUGGAAACGUCCCAGCCACCUUUGCGACGGAACACAGUGCCUUCUUUGAGGCAUUGGCCUCCGGUCUCCUUGCAAGUCGUGGUGUUUUGGUGACCAAUUUUCUGCCGGGCACUGACUUGGCGCCAGUUCUGAUGCGUCAGGCGGAGGCUCUGAGUCACCGAUCAGAUUGCCUUUCUUUUGCAAUUCAAGCUGAGGGAUCUGGCAAUCUGCUCGCACUGCACCUUUGUGGUACGCCUACGCGCAGACCGGCGAAGCCAGAACUCUGUUUACGGUUGUGGUUGGCGGCAUGCGUGGUGGAAAACUCCACAGCAUGUCCAUUUCGAGUUGGCCGCUUGGCAACGAAAGGACUCAGAGAGAUCCAAGUGCGGAGAAAAAGUCAUGGUGAUUGCAUUACAAUCAUCACAUGA